AUGAACCAUCAGAUCCCUCCCUCGGGGCCAGCGGAGCUCGCGGUGGACCCCGAAUACCUCCUUAAGGUGAACGCUUUCAUUCGCCAGCGCCGCCUCGAGCUGCUCGGCCCCGACAACAUCGCGCCCGUCUCCGCCGUGCAGGUCGCUCCGCCACGCCACCCCCCUAUCCAACCGCACCAGCACCCUAUCCAACCGCACCAAACCCCUAUCCAGCCGCAAAUAGAACCCCAACACACUGCGCUGGUUGGCCCCGCCAGCAUCGCGCCCGUCUCCGGCGCGCAGGUAGCUCCGCCGCCCCAUCCAAACCCUGCCGCUUUAGCCGCCAGCGAUCCAUCUGCUCCGCGAUUCGCUCAGCCCGCUACAGUCGGCUUCGGGAAUGCCGCGGCUGAUGGCGCGUUGUCCGCCGUUGGAUCGUCAACGAGGCCGGCGAUCAACGGUGCGCCGGCGGAUGGGCUAGAAGAUGGCAAUAUGAGGGCCAACGGCGGGACGAGCCUCCCUGCUGCUGCAGCAGUACCCGCUGCUGCUGCGCGCGCCACACCGAGUCCUGAGGCGGGGCAACCCGCUCAUGCUGGCGCAGCGAUGGCUGGCGCGCUGCUGCAGCAGCAGCAGGGGCGACAGGCGGAGGGAGACGCUGGCGCGCGCAGGCAGGGGAGCGCGCAUGGAGGCCCGCAGGGCGAUAGAAAGGCGGGUGCUUCUAACGGGAGUGUCUCUAAAGGGGGAGGUGAGGGGGGAGAGGGGGAGGAGGAUGAGGGGAGUGGUGAUGGGGAUGGCGGGGGAAGGCGAGGAGGUGGGCGGAGGGGUGGGGGAGGGAGCGGGGGAGGAAGAGGGGGCGGAGGUAACAGAAGGGGAGGGGGAGGGGGAGGGGGAGGGGCGGGGGGUUCUUCGUCUGGGGGAGGGCGGGGAGGGGGAAGCAGGGGGUACGGGGGAAGGGGAGGAGGGGGUGGAGGAGGCGGAAGGGGAGGCGGGUGGAGGGGGGGAGGGGGGAGAAGGGGGGGAGGGAGUAGGUCGGCGGAUGGGGGAACGGCCCCUGGGGCGUCGGGGGAAGAGGCGGAGGGGUGGGAAGAGUAUGCGGGGGACGGGGAGGAGGAUGGAGGGGAGUGGAUGGCUGGGGAGGAGGUUGUGGGGGAGGGGGAAGGGGACGGGGAGGGGGAAGGGGAGGAGGAGCAGAGGGGUGGGGGCAUUGAUGAGCGGGAGGAGGAGGGGAGGGAGGAAGAGGAGAGAGGGAGAGAGGAGAAGGGGCAUGAGCAGGCGAAUUCUGAGAGAAUGACUUUGGGAAACGGGGUAGGGGACGGGAGAGGGGGUUUAGAAGGGGGAGAGGGGGGAGAAGGGGGAGAAGGGGGAGACGGGGGAGAAGGGGGAGACGGGGGAGAGCGGGGAGAGGGGCAAGAGUUGCGAGAGGGGGUGGUAAAGAGGGAGGAAGCGGCGGAGCAAGGGCAGGUGAUGGAGGAGGGGAGGGGAGGGGGGGACGUGGAAGAGGAGGGGGAGAGGCUAGGAGAUGAGAGGGUGGCAGACGGAGCAUUGGAAGGGACCGAGAUUGCAGGAGAGGGAGGUUCAGGCGGAGGUGAAGCAGGAGAGUGUGCUGCAGAUGAAGCGAGCGCGGAUGGGGAGUGUGGCGCGAAGGAGGAGAAUUCUGGGCCGACUCAAGAGUCGCCUUGUGCUGCGUGUACGGAUGGGGGGUGUGGGAGUGGGACGGAGGAGGAGAAGGGCGAGGGGGUGGAGCGUGAGGAGGGGGAGGAAAGAGGCGGUGGAGAGGAGAUAGCAGCCGAGGCGGGGAGUGGGGAGAAGGAGAGGGAGAACGUGGAGGAGAGAGAAGGAGAGGAGCGGGGAAGAGAAGUGAGUGAAAAUUUGGAGAGGGGUGUCGAAAGGGAGAGGGAGGAGGAAGGGGAACGGCAGCAGGAAGGAGAAAAGGAGCAGGAAGGAGUGCCGGAAAAGGAACAGCAAGGGGAGGGGGAAGGGGAGAACGGAGAGGAGCAGGAGAGGGUGGAGGAUGAUAGGCAGGAUGUGAGUGGGUCAGGAAAACCACCAGUUGAAACGAGUCGAUUGACAGAUGCUGCCUCGUGCUCUCCCUCUGCUCCUUCUCUCCCGGAGACCGCGGCAGAUGCCUCUCCGACUCCUGCUGUUGCCUCCGCUCCUCUGGCUAUAGCUGCUGGGAGUGCUGCGGCGAUUCCCGCAGCGAGUGCGGAUAAAGAGGGGAUUCGUGGCAUUGCAGAUGGGUACGGUGCGGUGGGUGGCGGCAGAGGGUGCACCCCGCUGGUGGCAGAGGCAAGUGAGGAGCAGCAAUCUCACACAUUGCCAGCGAACACGCUGCACACACAGUCACAGACAGAGACAUGCGAGCAAGCGGCAGGCUGCCUUGUCCCCUCCGCCCCAGAGUCGCCUUCCCUCCUCCCAGCCUCACCAGCAGCUGCUGCCGCCUCUCCUCUCCCUACUACAGCCUCUCUCUCCUCAGCCACCCCUCCCUCCGCCACACCUCCUCACCCCUCUUCUUCUCCUCUCCCCGCUUUUCCAUACUCCCUUGCUCCUGCAACCCUCCCCUCUGAGAAUUCCUCUCCCCAGCCAACCCCCGCCCCUUCAGAGGCGUCCCCCCAGCCAGUCCUUUCCCCCGCUGCAAGCACAGCACCUGGCACCCCAGCCGCCCCUGCACUGCCAGAAUCAUCAUCAUCAGCAGCAACAGCUGAUUCCCCCCAUGGGGUUCCAGACGCAGAGAAGGGCAUUCUUGGCAAAGGCUACGGACCCCCUCUCACCCUGCCCAUGCCCAUACCUCUGCCCAUGCCUAUGCCUCUGCCUGUGCCUCUGCCUGUUCCCCCUGGUGUUAGCGCCAUGCAGUGCGCGCCUGGGGGCUGGGCUGGUGUUGCUGCUGAUGCUGCAUGGCAUGCCAUGCCUGCUGGCAUGCCCGGGCACGGAGGGGGUCCAAUGGCCGUGCCGGGAGGGGUGCCCAUGCCUAUGCCUCCUGUGCAUGGGGAAAUGUACAUGCCCAUGCAUGCCGCUUGUGCUGCAGGCGUGGGCGCAGGCAUGGGCGCAGGCAUGGGAACAGGUAUGGAGAUGGGUAUUGGGAUUGGUAGGGAACCGUGCAUGGGUAUGGGCAUGGGCACAGACAUUGGGUCAGGUAUGGGUAUGGAAGCAGGGUCGUCUGGUUGGGGCAGGGAUGUGAGGGCAUGGCAGGGGCAGGGGGCAAUGGAGGCCACUGGCUAUGUAGCUGAGAAGGAGUGGGGGAUGAGUGGAGAGGCGGGCAGAGCGGAGAGUGUGGGUAUGGGGAAGGGAGGGGAGGAGGAAGGAGAUGGAUGGGUGGGGUCGACGAUGGUGGGUGCUGAGGGUGGGACAGGUUGUGGUGUGGUUGGGAAAGGAGGCAGAGGAGGAGGAGGCGGAGGAGGUGGGGGAGUAGGAGCAGAGGGAGGAGGUAACAGUGGUAAGAGAGGAGGGAGAGGAUCAGGAGGAGCAGGGUCAGCCACGUGUGCAGCACCUGUCCACGUGUACUCCUUUGAGCAGCUCAAGCAGAUCGGGCUGCAAUCCGUCCAGUACCAGCGUGACACGUGGCGCACCAUGAAUGGCAGCACGCAGCUGGCUGUGGAGGAGCUCAUGAGGGACGUGGCAAGAGGGGGGGGAGGGGGAGGGGGCGGGGGAGGCGCAGGGGGAGGCGGAGGUGGGGGAGGGGGAGGGGCGGGGGAGAAGGGGACCACAGAUGAUGCUACUGGCACCCCUGCCACCACAGCAGCUGCUGCUGCCGCACAACCAAGGGGAGAAGAGGUGGGGGAGGCAGGGCAAGCAGGUGAUGGUGAGAUAGGCAAGGCUGGGCCGACACAGAAGAUGGAUGAAGAAGCCUGCCGACCACGCCUAGAGGAGGAGCGGUGGGGGGGACAGUGGGGCAAGCAGCAGGGGGGAAAGCAGGAAGCGCGGCAGCAGGAGGAGGAAUGGGAGGAGGAAGAAGAGGAGGAGGAGGAGGUGCAGGCGAGGGCUCUGCCGGUGUAUGGCGAACCGGACUUCUCCAUUCCUCAUCCCCUGGACGGGUUGGAGUACCUCCGGCGUGUCAGGCUGGUUCGUUUUGACACGUCUCAACUCAAAACAGACUUCUCCAUUCCACGCCCCCGGGAUGACCUCGAGUACCUGCGCCGCGUGGGAGCGGGAGCGACUUUUGAGGCGACUCCAAAGUCAACUCUUUCCUCGCCUCCUCUCGAAUCCCUUCCCCUCUUCUCUGGUCCGCCCUGUGCAGGUGAGUGUUGCAUGUGCCUGCCUGUCCCCGCCCUGUUGCUGCCGUCCCAUGAGUGGCGGCAGCACAUGCAAGCUGCAUUCGGGUACCUGCUGCGCCAGUGGCGGCAGUACGUGCAAGCUGCCUUUGGAUACCUGCGCCAGGUGGGUGCCUUUCUGCUGCGCCAGCUAGAUGUUUCCCUGCCGCCCGAGGUGGGUGCUGCUGUGCAUGGCAUGGUGCCAGGCGCCGCACAGGUGGGGGGCGGGGCUUACCGGUGGCUGAUUGCCUUCGUGAUUAACGGAGGGGGUACGAGGACAUCCUGCGUUGACGAAUCACGAGUCGCCACGUGUCACGGCAUGCCCAUCCCAUCCCACCGCGACCUGCACGCGUGGCACUCCUACUGCUUCGGCCGUGCACUGCCUUGUGAAAAAGGGGAGGGGGGCGAAGGGGCAGUGCGGGGAGGGGGUGUCAAACUGAAGGCGAAGAGGAGAUCGGGAAGGAAGGCGGGUGGUAAGGGUGAGGGAGAGGAUUGCAGAGAGGUGAACCAAGGGGAGGGAAGCGAGAGAGGAGAGAGUGAGGGUGGAGAGAGUGACGAGGAGGGAAGCAGAGAGGGGGAAGGGGAUGUGGAUGGGGAUGAUGAGGAGAAGGAUUUGAUUGGAGAGGAGGAGGGGGGUGCGUGGGAGGAGGACGUGGAUGGGGAGAGAGGGGGGGAUGAGGGAGUGGACGAGGUUGGGGGUGGAGGAAGGGAGGAGGAGGUGGGUGGUGAAAGAGGAGAGGAUGAAGCGAAGGGUGAAAAGGGAGAGGAAGAAAAGGAGGAUGGUGGGGAGGGGAAGACGAAGGAGGGGGGUGAGGUAAAGCAGCAGCAAGGAGAGGGACGAGGGGAAGGAGAGGCGCCCAGGGGCCUGGCGCUGCUGCUGCCGUGUGUGACUGCACAAGCGCACAGCAAGGCACCCUCAGAAGGAAUCUCAAGAGGGCUCACAGAAGGGCUGCUGGAAAAGCUGUCAGAUCAACUGCCGGAGGGACUUUCGGUAAAGGGGCUUUCUGUGACGGACCCUGAAGGAGUUGCAGGGGGGACGGAGGAGGAGAGGGUGGUUGCAGAAGGGGAGACGGCAGGUGAUGGUGUGGCAGGGGAUGAUGUGGCAGGGAAUGAUGUGGCAGGGGAUGGUGUGGCAGGGGAUGGUGUGGCAGGGAAUGAUGUGGCAGGGGAUGGUGUGGCAGGGGAUGGUGUGGCAGGGGAUGUGAUGGAAAGGGGCGAUGGAGGUGUGGGUUGUGAUGGAUUGGAGGCAAAUACGGAGCUCGGUGCUACAGAUGUUGUUGCUACAGAUGUUGGUGCCAUGGAUGCUGCUACUACACCAACAGCAACUGCUGAGGAUAACAGUUUGACUGACGGCGGUUAUGAUGUAGAUGCUGAUUUGGAUGCCAACGCUGAUGUGGACACGGAAGAUGAUGCUGAGGUGGACGCUGACGUGGAAGCAGCACUGGAUGAGAUGAUCAACUACUCGGGACCCCUGCCUCUGUGGGUGCCAGAUAAUGACGAAAGCAGCAACCCUGGUCUUGAUCCAUUUGAAGACUAUACUGAGCAACCAUCCAUGCCCGUGCCAUGGCCGUCAGAUGCUGACGUGGCAGCCAUGGAGUGCGUGCUCCCGGGCCGGGCCAAUCAGCUCGCUCCGUUGCUCGGCACAGUGCUGCACUGUGACGCGGUUGGUCGCGCCGCGCUCCUCCGCGCCCAUGUGGACUGGGCCAUCGGCCAAUCAGCAGUCGACACGUGGCGCGGCAUGUGGCUGGUGGCGUGGGCGGCGGGGGUGGACGAGCCAACAGAAGCGGAGACUGCAGCAUCACUGCGAGAGCUGCUGAGGAAGUGUGCUGGGCUGAGGGCUUCGAUACAGUCACGCGAGGACCAAGGGCUGGAAAUGCUGAAUGUGCUUAUAGAGAUUGCAGGGGCGUAUUUCAAGCAGGGGUCCAAGGAGGAGAUGGAGCAGGCUGUGUGGGAGGAGCAGGAAGGUAUUGACGGGGAGGGAAUGGCAAGAUGGGGAGAAGAAGGAGAGGAGGAAGGGUCUGGGGUGGUUGGUACUGGUGGGGAGGGUGUAGAAGCAGAGCAGGAGAGCAUGGAGAUGAUUGAUGGAGGGGAGCAGCGUGUGGCGGAUCCAGCAGGGGCUGUUGAGGUGGGCACAGAGGUCGAGGCUGUAGUCCACAUCAGCACCCUCCCCGCCUCUCCCCACCUCUCCACACCUCUCCCCACCUCUGCGAUCAUGCUGAGCGGAGCCGCGCGUCGCAAGGGCCACCAGCGCUUCUCCCUCCUUCUCCUCGACGACGGGGACCACUACAUAACCGACUGGGUCGCCACGUGUCACCUCGUGGAUGGCCAGCCGCGCGCGCUCGCGGGCGGGCGGCUGCGGCUGUGCAUGAAAUCGCUCUUCUUCGAGCCGCAGGACCCCGCCAUCCCCAUUAUAAUGUUCCCCAUGCCGCACAUACUAGUCGUUUUCCACCCCGCGUCGCGCCGCCGGUACCGCUCGCAGCUGGGCGCGAAACUCGCCGCGGAGGGGCGCAUCCGCGCGGAGUGGGCGGGGGAAGGAGCGGGGGCGGGCGGGGAGGACGGGGGUCGGGGCGUGGGGGGAGGGCGGAGGAACGAUGGCGGAAGGCUGGGGAAUGCGUAUGGGGAUGUGGGGGGGUAUGGGGGAGAUAAUGGGUAUGGGGAUGUGGUGUAUGUGACGACAGGCAUGUAUGUGGCAAUGAAGGCGUGUGGGCAGGACGUGCCGUACGAGUUCGAGAAGAAGGAGCUGGACGAGGGCCACCUGCCUUCCACGUGGGCCUUCUCCCUUGACUACUCGCCCACCUCACGGGUAUGCGUGCUUGUUGUGGGUGCAGCAAGCAGGUUUAUGCCACUCGCAGAGAGGUCGGAAUCAGAUGCUACUGAGCUCCUAGACGAGGCGCUGCCAGUGCUGGGCGUGCAGCUGCUGCCCUACGAGCAGCGGGACAUGGAGGUGGCGCGGCGGCUGUCCCUCAUGGAGGCCUCGGCGCCCUUUGACGUCAGCCGCCUCGUCGACCUCUCCGAACACAUCCUGCUCGACUGCCUCGCCUCCCAGGUUCGGCCGCUGGUUCGGGAGCCGGGCCGCCUUGUGAUCACACAGCAGCGGCUUUACUUCCAGCCACUGCACGCCAUCAGCAGUGAGAGUCCCCUCCGAAUCUUCCCCCUGCCCCUCCUCCUCUCCGCUGCCCGCCGCCGCCACUCCCUGCGCCCCCGCGGCCUCGAAAUCUUCUUCUCCUGCCCGGACCUAUCGCAGCGUGCCAGCUCAGGGAGCUCAGGAGGAGGAGGACUGGAGGGGGGUGGUGGCACCGGCGGGAGAGGAGGGGGGAACGGUGUGGGUAGGGGGAGGGUAGUUGGGGGUAGUGGGGGGAGCGGGGGGAGUGGGGGCGGAGGGCCGUUGGGGGAUGGCAGCAGUGUGUUCUUUGUGUUCAGCUCUCAGGGGGAGAGGGACCGAGCUGCUGCGCUGCUGCAGAAGCUGUUGGGGGGUGUGUCCAGCCCAGCAGCAGCGGCAGCAUCGCUACUAGAGGCUCACUCGCACGCACUGCAGGCCGUCACGGGGCUGUGGCAGACCGGCCGCAUCUCCAACCGCGACUAUCUGCUCUUCCUCAACCUGGCAGCAGGCCGCACUAUGUGUGACUUGGCGCAGUGGCCUGUCAUGCCCUGGGUGCUCGCGGAUUACACCUCCCACCACCUUGAUUUGAACGACCCCGCCACCUUCAGAGACCUCUCCAAGCCAGUGGGAGCGCUCAACCCGGCACGCCUUGCAGAGUUCAGAGAGCGGUACGACGAGAUGCCUCGGGACAAGAGUGGAUCAGAGCGCACCAAGCCUUUCCUCUACGGCACUCACUACUCCACUCCUGGGUACGCUGAGUCCUUUCUGCUGUUGCAUGUGUGUUUAUGA